UCGUCAACAUUUGAUGAACAUGGCUUCAUACGUGUGGCUUGGUAUUUUGACACUUUGUCUUGUCCUCAUAGCUGAUGCUGUUGACAGAAAUAAUUUUAAAACUUGUGAUCAAAGCAGUUUUUGCAGACGUUGUAGAAAAGUACAGCCAAAUAAUACACCAUACAUUGUAUUACCAGAAACAAUAAAAAAAAAUUCAACAAUAUUAACAGCUCAACUUUUGAAUAAAAAUACAGAUGUUAAUUAUAUUCUUGAAUUAACAGCAUUAAAAGAUCAUACAUUUCGUUUACAUAUAAAUGAAGAAAAACCAUUGAGACCUCGUUAUGAAGUUACUCAUGCUCUACAAGGACCACCAAAACAUGACAAAUUUGAUAAUGUUGAAGUGUCAUCAGAACAAGUUGUUGCAACAAUGGGAAAUGAUAAAGCAAUUAUACAUUUUAAUCCAUUUCGUGUUGAUUUAUAUGGUGAUGGUAAAUUAAAAAUAUCAGCAAAUGCUCGUGGUUUAAUGAGAAUGGAACAUUUACGUACAAAAACAGUUAAAAAUACUGAAAAUAAAGAUGAAGAAGUUGUCAAUACAUCAGCAUUAAUUGGUGAUGGUGCUGAGGAUGAUCCUGGUGCAUGGGAAGAAAAUUUCAAAUCACAUCAUGAUUCAAAACCAAAAGGACCAGAAGCAAUUGCUAUGGAUUUUAGUUUUCCUGGUGCUGAUUAUACAUAUGGUAUACCACAACAUGCUGAUUCAUUUGCAUUAAGAUCAACAAAAGACACUGAUCCAUAUCGUCUUUAUAAUUUGGAUGUAUUUGAAUAUGAAGUCAAUGAAAAAAUGGCACUUUAUGGCUCAAUACCAGUAAUAUAUUCACAUGGUAAAGAUAAAACAUCUGGUGUAUUUUGGCAUAAUGCUGCUGAAACAUGGGUUGAUAUUGUAACAAAAGAUGAUAAUUUAGGUGAUGUUAAUGCACAUUUUAUGUCAGAAUCUGGUGUUAUUGAUAUAUUUUUUUUACUUGGUGAUAAACCACUUGAUGUAUUUAGUGAAUAUACAAAAUUAACUGGUACAGCACCAUUACCACAAAUGUUUACACUUGGUUAUCAUCAAUCAAGAUGGAAUUAUAAUGAUCAAGAUGAUGUUGCACAAAUAUCUGAAAAAUUUGAUACAUAUGAUAUUCCACUUGAUGUUAUUUGGCUUGAUAUUGAAUAUACUGAUAAUAAAAAAUAUUUUACAUGGGAUACAAGAAAAUUUUCAAAUCCAUUAGAAAUGGUACAAAAUUUAACAACAAAAGGUAGAAAACUUGUUGCAAUUAUUGAUCCACAUAUAAAACGUGAUACAAAUUAUUUUGUACAUAAUGAUGCAACAUCAAAUGGUUAUUAUGUUAAACAUGCUGAUGGUAAAGAUUAUGAAGGUUGGUGUUGGCCAGGUGCAUCAUCAUAUCUUGAUUUUUUUAAUCCAAUUGUUAGAGAUUAUUUUGAAAAACAAUAUUCACUUGAUAAAUUUCAUGGUACAACAAAUGAUGUUUAUAUAUGGAAUGAUAUGAAUGAACCAAGUGUAUUUAAUGGUCCAGAAAUAACAAUGCCAAAAGAUUUAGUACAUUAUGGUGGUUGGGAACAUCGUGAUGUACAUAAUAUUAAUGGUUUAAUGUUUACAUCAGUAACAUAUGAUGCAUUAUUUAAUAGAUCUGGUGGUACAUUACGUCCAUUUGUAUUAACACGUUCACAUUUUGCUGGUUCACAAAGAUCAGCAGCAGUAUGGACUGGUGAUAAUGCUGCUGAAUGGGAACAUCUUAAAAUAAGUUAUCCAAUGUGUUUAUCAACAUCAAUUGCUGGUAUGUCAUUUUGUGGUGCUGAUGUUGGUGGAUUUUUUAAAAAUCCAGAUUCUGAAUUAUUUAUAAGAUGGAAUCAAGCUGGUGCAUGGCUUGCAUUUUUCCGUCAACAUUCACAUAUUGAAACAAAACGUCGUGAACCAUGGACAUUUAAUGAUGAAACAGUACAAAUUGUACGUGAUGCUAUUAGAACACGUUAUACAUAUUUACCAUUUUGGUAUACUCUAUUUCGUGAACAUGAUAUUACUGGUUAUCCAGUUAUGAGAUCAUUAUGGACACAUUAUCCAGAUGAAAUUGAUACAUUUACUAUUGAUGAUCAUUUAUUAAUUGGUGAUGCAAUACUUGUUAGACCAAUUUAUGAACCAAGUGUAACAUCAGUUAGUGUUUAUUUCCCGGGUAAUGGAAAACAUUCAUGGUAUGAUAUUGAUACAUUUGCUGAACAUAGUAUACCAGGUGUACAAAAUAUACCUGUAACAUUACAUAAAAUACCAGUAUAUCAACGUGGUGGUACAAUUGUACCAAGAAAAAUGAGAAUAAGAAGAAGUACUGUUGCCAUGAAAGAUGAUCCAUAUACACUUAUUGUUAUUGCUGAUAAAAAUGGUCAAGCAAAUGGUACAUUGUAUCUUGAUGAUGAAUCUAGCUUUGAGUAUCGUCAUGGUAAAUAUGUUUAUGUUAAAUUUACAUUUGAUGGACAAAAUUUAACAUCAACAUAUGUUGAUAAAUUUGCUAAUUAUGAAACACCAAGUUGGCUUGAAAGAGUUGACAUUGUCAAUCCACCACAAGAUAUUAUAUCAGCUAAAAUUGAUUCAAGUGCUGAAAAUCUUGAGGCUACAUAUAAUCCUCAUAAUAAUGUUUUAACAAUACGUAAACCAGCUGUUAAUAUGGCCACUCAAUGGACAAUUCAGCUCAUCAAAAAAAAUUAAUAAUAAAUCUGAUAUAAAUCAAAAAAAAAAAAAAAAAUAAUAAUUUUUUUUAUAAACAAGAUGAAAUUUUAAAUAAAUAAUAGUUUUUUUUUUUUUUAAAUAGUUUUCGCGUAUAUUUUUCCUCUUUAUUAUAGUUUUUUUUUUUUUUUUAUAUAAAAUAUAGCAAAACUUGUAAUAAAAAAUAUUCAAAAAGAAAAAAAAAAAUAGCAACCACACAGUGGUAUUUUGUGAUAAGAUUCAGUGUUAAAAUAGAAUUUUUUUUUCUUUUUUUUUUUUUAUUAUUAAAUAAUUACGUUGUUUUUUUUUUUUCUUUAUACACGUUCAGUUGGUGCUUGUUUAUGAGCAAGAUAAAGAAAAACAAUUGAUGAUAAUGCUGACA